AAAAAUUGACUAUAAAUAGGCGUAAGCGUAAAAUUUGAUCUUUUCUCCAUAAAUUUCAUAUAGUUAUGACAAACCUUGCAACUUCAAGAAAUAUUUUAUUUAUAGGAAUAAUUUUUCACGUGGCAUACAUAUGGAGUAUAUUUGAUAUAUAUUUUACUUCGCCUCUGGUGCAUGGAAUGACGACACAUAAGGUUGACUUACCACCACCAGCGAAUAGACUUGUGCUUAUAAUAGGUGAUGGAUUAAGAGCAGACAAAUUAUAUCAGCUUUAUUCGGAUGAAUCAGAUCAACCAAUCACAAAAGCACCGUUUUUGAGAGAUAUCAUUUUGAACCAUGGUACUUUUGGAGUUUCCCAUACUCGAGUACCUACAGAAUCGAGACCCGGACAUGUUGCUCUUAUUGCAGGAUUCUAUGAAGAUGUCAGUGCUGUAACUAAAGGAUGGAAAUCUAAUCCCGUAGAAUUUGAUUCAGUCUUCAAUCAAAGCAGACAUACAUGGUCAUUUGGAUCACCUGACAUAUUGCCAAUGUUUGCCGAUGGAGCUUCAGAUCCUGAUAAAGUUGAAACUUUUAUGUAUGGUCAUGAAUCUGAAAAUUUUGCUAAGGAUGCGAAGGAGUUGGAUAUUUGGGUAUUUGAUCAAUUAGCUCAACUUUUUACAAAUUCAUCAUCUAAUGCUAAAUUAUAUCAGCAACUUCAUGAUGACCAAAUUGUUAUAUUUUUACAUUUAUUGGGAUUGGAUACAAAUGGACAUGUUUAUGGUCCCCAUUCUAAAGAGUAUAUAGAUAAUAUUAAAGUUGUUGAUGAGGGAAUAAACAAGGCUGUUAGACUAAUUGAAGAAUAUUAUGGACAUGAUGGAAAAACAUCUUACGUUUUUACUGCAGAUCACGGGAUGAGUAAUAGAGGCAAUCAUGGAGAUGGACAUCCAGAUAACACGCGUACUCCGAUAAUUGCAUGGGGCGCUGGCGUGAAUAAACCUAAUAAGACACAUCCAACUGGGCAUGAUGAAUUUUCUGCUGAUUGGUAUUUAAAUGAAGUUCAGCGAAAUGAUGUUUUACAAGCAGAUAUUGCUCCGUUUAUGGCUUCCCUAAUCGGAAUUAAUUAUCCAGUCAAUUCUGUAGGAGAAUUACCUUUAGUAUAUCUUAAUAAUACACCUUUAUUUAAAGCACAAAGUUUAUUUGUCAAUGCUAAAGAAAUAUCUGAACAGUAUCAAGUUAAAUAUGAAUUAAAGAAAAGAACGGAAAUAAUGUUUAAGCCAUUUGCACCACUCAGCAAUUCUACUCAUAAUAGGGAAAUAUUACUAAGUAAAAUUCAGGAACUUAUUGAUACUGAACAAUAUGAAGAAGCUGAAAUCAUGUGUGAAAUUUUGAUACAAUUGUCUCUGGAAGGAUUGAGAUAUUUCCAAACGUAUGAUUGGCUAAUGUUAAGAUCUAUCGUGACGGUUGGAUAUCUGGGUUGGAUUUUUUAUAGUUUAAAACACACUUUAAAAGAAUAUUGCUUACCGAACAAUAAUAGUUCAAAUAGACAUUCUGAUCGAAUAGCUAAAUAUGUUAACAUACUAGCUAUAAUAUCUUUAACUAUAUUAAUGUCAAUAAUGUACAUACAAGGAUCACCUGCAACAUAUUACACAUACGUAAUAUUUGCUGUUUAUUUUUGUUGGAACAGUUUGCUAGAUUAUGAAACCUUCACGGAAAGUUGUAAAUUAGCUUUAGGGUCGCGAAGUCCUUUUAUACUUGCAGGAUACAUAAUUGGACAUAUUAUUGCGUUGGAAAUUUUCGUAUACAGUUAUUUUGAACGUAGCAUUUUGAGCGGGUGUUUUGUAUUGGGAGUAUUAUGGCCACUAAUCAUGCCAUCAAGUUUUCGAUCCGAAAAUAAAUUACUUUUGCUUUAUUGGUCAAUAUCAUGUUUGGCAUCGAGUAUUUUUACAUUAUUGCCUGUGGAAAAAGGAGAAGAUAUUUUGUUGGUGGUUUAUGGUGGAAUCUUGAUUCUCAUUACAGGAAUCAAUUCGAUGGUUAAAAGUUCUAAAUAUAUAAUAGGAAACGAUUCUGAUUCAAAGACAAUGAUAAUAUUUCAGUUAUUAUUGGUGGCUUUGAGUAUUAUAAUAGUUUAUGAUACGACAAAUAAAUUGAAAUGGAGAGUUGGUCUUCCGAUUUUAAACCAAUAUGCUGCCUGGAUAAUAUUAGCUAUUUCCACGGCAACGCCAUUCUUUUAUGGAUUGAGAAGAAAACAACACUAUUUAAAAAGACUUACAACACUUUUUUUAGCAUUUGCACCAUUAUUUGUUAUACUCAGUAUUUCGUAUGAAGUAUUAUUUUAUUAUUUCUUAACACAAACAGUUUUGCUUUGGUUAGAAAUUGAACGUAAAUUAUUUUUAUUUGAACAAUCAAAACAAAAACAACAAGAACAAGAAAGCCAUCGUAAAUUAGAAAUGAGAGAUUCAAGAAUUUCAUUGAUAUUUUUAUUUUUUAUUAAAGUAGGAUUUUUUGGUACAGGAAAUGUAGCAAGUUUGAGUUCAUUUUCAUUACAAAGUGUUUAUAGACUUACAACAAUAUUUAAUCCGUUCUUAAUGGGAGGAUUAUUAUUAUUAAAAAUAUUAAUACCUUUUUUUAUCGUAUCAUCAGUAUUUUAUAUAUUAAACAAAUCAAUUAGAUUAUCACCGUUUAGUUUAUUUUUACUAGUAUUAUCAAUAUCUGAUAUUAUGACUUUAAAUUUUUUCUACUUGGUUAGGGAUGAUGGUAGUUGGUUAGAAAUCGGUACUACUAUAAGUCAUUUUGUUAUUAGUAGUUUAUUUGUUUUGUUUAUGAUUUUAUUAUUUUUAUUAAGUGAAGUUUUAGUUGGAAAAGUUAUUAUACCUGAAGAUGAAGAAAAAGAAGAAAAGAAAAGGGAGAAAAAUGAUUAAGAAUGUAAUAUUUUAAUUAAGAAUAUUUAUUAAUAUUUAUUAAAUAAAAUUAUUAUUAAUAAUCUUGACCCAAUUGAAUAUACCAGGAGUCCAGCCAUAACACAAAACGGAAAUUUAUAUAAUAUGUAACUUGAUUAAUAUUAAUAUUGGUUAAUGAAAUAUAAAUGUUAUGAAAGAAUAAAUUACAUAUGAUUAAAUGCUGUUACGAAAAUUUUAUUGAACAUUGAUC